UAAGGACUUUUUUGUUUUCUGUUGUUCGAUAAUCCGUUUUUAAUGAUCGUGCACACAUACUUUAUACUAAUAAUAAGCUAGUUUAUAUUAAUAUUGAUUUGUGAGAUGAGAGCGCUUGAAGUGUCCGUGUGAACCGCUGGUCGUCGCACUCGGUGUGUGUUUACGGCUGUUGAUGUCGGUGGUCCGGGAGGGCGGAGCUGCGGGUCUCUGCGCCCCCGGUACAGUCAGACACCGAGCACUGCGGGGGCGGAAAAGCGUCAUUUGGGCGCAUAAAAAAAAGAGACUUCUGGCCCCCGUUAACGGAGAAAUAGGGACAGAGGAGGAGGAGCUCGAGGCGUAACGUGUAAAAACAAACCGAGAGUGAUUCUCCUCCGCAUCAGGAUGGAUUCAAAAACAGGCAACACCCGACAGCAGCGCGGUUCACCCCCAUCACCGCCCGACCGACACUGACGGCCCAUCCGCCCCUCACCGAGCGAACGGACCUCCGGCCGUUUACUUUCACCUCCAGCGGGACCGAAGCGCCUCCUUCAUCCGCAAUGAACAUCUAGAACAUCAUCAGGCGAUGGAAACAAGAGAACGUCCUAUGGGUUUGUAACAACAUGAUGUACAGUAUGAACAGGUGUGUCUUUAUUCUCUGUUCUGGUUCUGUUCGGUGGUGUUCUAGAUGUGGAUGGAGUUUCAGCUCACAGGUGACUGACCUACAAACAUACGGUGAGCAGAUGUUGCGUGUCAGUCAUCAACCACUCUUAAGAUAACAGAUGAAAUCAUUGUUUGUUUGAUUGCAGGAUUUUUGUCUGUAUUUGGGAAAGAGUUUAAAAUGAUGAUGGUGUUCUGAAGUCACAUUGACUCGUCUUCUCUUCAAAACAACUGACACGUCAAUCAACUAGAUUGUGACAUUAUUUGAAGAUAACAGUCUCACACAUGAUUCAGAGAGACAAAACUGCUGUGCAAGAGCGGAAACGAGGGAUGAUGCGUCGUCACAGAGUGUUCUUGAUCUGCACGGUGGGGCUGUGUGUCAUUUCCUUCCUGCAUUACUACAAGGCUCUUCACUACGUAUCCCUGUUGAGGGAGCUGUCUGCACCCUACCCCAACAUCAAGUCCUUCAUCAUGGUCACUGGAUUCUUCUGGAAGGAGGGGACCACACCGCUGUCUAGCGCAACCCCUGAGGAAAGACCUCCUCUGGCUCAUGAGCUGUCGGACAGUAAGGCUCGGGCUGGAGGAGGUGGAGGAGAUCUGGAUCCACAGCCGUGGAGGAGACCUGAAGAACCACAGCGCAGGAGCUCAGCCACAACAGAUGUUCAAAAGGGAAUUUUGGUUGUCUGGCAGCCCAGUAUCCCAACCAAUCAGAAGCCUGACCCAAAGAGAGAGAGCGCGGUCAGAGUUGUGAUGAAGAAUCUGCAACCCCAACAAACGUCAACUCCAGACCCGCUGGAAUCUCUGGGUGACUUGCAUCGUCACAAACACGUCCUUCAGGAUGACCGCACCCCUUAUUUCGUUCGCACUAAAGCAGGUGCUCUGUGCUUCCGUCAGGGGACGGAGUUGGCACCCCUUAAAGACGAGGCGUUGAAAGCGAGACCCACAGCAAAUGGUGCGGGUCAGCGGAGAAUACUGCAGAUGCCUGACGAGUCCAAGACUCAAGGCAAAUCUGUGGAGGAGUCCAGCCCCGCUCGAGGGAAACCAAAACGUGGCAAACGGCUGGUGAAGUGCGUUUGUCGGCCAGGGUGGCACGGCUCAUACUGCGGAGUGCCCACUAUGGUGUACCACUCUAAUCUGCCCACAAAAGAGAGACUAACGCCACGUGAGAUGCCCCGACGCAUCAUAAAUGCCAUCAACGUGAACCACGAGUUUGACCUGCUACACGUGCGGUUCCAUGAGCUCGCUCAGGCUGUGGAUCUCUUCCUUGUGUGCGAGUCAAACUUCACGGCAUACGGGGAGAGACGUCCACUACAAUUCCUGCAUCUGCUGCUCAAUGGAACAUACAGUUACAUUCACCACAAGAUCCUGUACGUCUUUCUGGAUCACUUUCCCGAUGGCGGCCGACAGGACGGUUGGAUCGCCGACGACUACCUGCGCACUUUCCUGACUCGUGAUGGAUUGUCUCGAGUGGUGGGCUUGCGGCCCGAUGAUGUUUUUGUCAUCAAUGACGCUGAUGAAAUUCCAGCUCAGGAAGGCAUUCUUUUCCUCAAGCUUUUUGAUGGUUGGACGGAGCCUUUCGCUAUUCACAUGCGGAAGUCCCUGUAUGGAUUCUUCUGGAAGCAGUUGGGAUCCCUCGAGGUGGUGUCAGGGUGUACUAUCGGAAUGCUGAAGGAUGUGUAUGACAACGAUGGGAUCCGGCUCCGCCGCCGGGAGUACUACACCAUGCCGGGAUUCCGAAAGUACGAGAACGACACCGGGCAUAUCUUGGUGCAGUGGUCCAUUGGAAGUCCAAUUCAUUUCGCAGGUUGGCACUGCUCCUGGUGUUUCACGCCAGAAGGCAUCCACUUCAAACUUAUUUCAGCUCAAAACGGGGACUUUCCUCGGUGGGGCGACUAUGAGGACAAGCGUGACCUCAACUACAUCCGGGAGCUGAUCCAAACAGGGGGCUGGUUCGAUGGCUCUGUACAGGAGUACCCACCCACAGACCCUAAAGAACAUAUGUACGCCCCUAAAUACAUGCUAGAUCAUUACGAUCACUACCGCUACUUGUUGGAGAACCCGUAUGCCAGGCCGUCCAAGCUGGGUGGUGCAUAGAGCAGUCUGGGUAGUUUGUAAAGAUGCUUGAUUAAAGACAAUAAAGAAGGGGAACGGUUGUUGGGGGAGGGAGAAAAGAGACCACCGUCCAGUUCCUUUCUUUCAUUUUUCUCUCUCCUAUUGGUCAAGACUCUCUGCCCCACCUAACACGUCCAAUGGCAGAAGACUCAAGCCGGUAUCAAGAUAUUGAAGAUAUGCCUUGCAGAGAACUAAAGCAAAUCUUUCUGUUUAGUUAGAUGUUUACAUAUGAGGGACUAUGACAGAUAUUAGAGACUCCCUUGGUUCAUUGUAAGUGACUGUACAACCCCUUUCUGUGUGAGGAUGUGUAUGUGUGUGUGCGAAUGAAUGUGUGUUUGUGUGUGAUUUCAUUGGUGCACAGUCUUGCUUGCACUCCAGAAUCCAAAAAAGAAGUCUCAUUGCACAAAUGCCACAUUUUCUGUGUUUUUUGACGGCUUGUAAAUUUCUCCAGACUUCUUAAGUCAUUGUGUACCAUUGUAAGAUCUUCUGAAUGAGUUUGUGGACGAGAGAGAAAGAGAGACCAUUUGAGAGAAACAGACCCGUGUUUGAGCUCUGCAGAGUUCUGAUUGAGCUGAUGUAGGAGGCGAUGAACAAAACAAAGUGCUACAAUUCCUGUCAGUGCAGAGCAAGACAGAAAUGAUCUUCCUGUCAGAGAGUAUACUGAAGCUAAGAAAAGCAGAGCAGUUUCCAAAAAUAAUCACGAAGAUAUGUAAUGCUUGUAAACAGGGGACAAUGUUAACCACCCAUUUUACCCUCAAGUAGAGCACUGAGGAGACGCCAGAUAAACUUAGACACGGGCCCUGUAUAAAAACCUAGUGAGCUGCCUAUGUAGGCAUUCUUCAGACCCAAAGUCUGUUCCAAAAGAUAGGAAGUUUAUGCUUGUAAGGUACCUUCUUUUGUAUGAACACUAAGGCAGCAUCAGAUGGAAAGGGCAAUGAAUUUGUGAUUUAACUGUCAUUUCGAGAAUAAUUGUAUAAUGCACAAAUUUACCACCUAUGUAGAGCAUUCCAAAUUGCUUACUGAGGCUGUUCAGCUGCAUGUGUACACAGUAGACAGUGAGGCAGCUCACUCGGGUUUGAAACGGAUCCUUGUAGUGUUUGCUGGUUGGCUCAGUUAUGUUGAUGCACAGAUCAGUGUUCACUGCAUACAACGGUUUUCAAUCAAAUCAAAAAUCAAAUCAAAUCACUUUUAUUGUCACACAGCCAUAUACACAAGUGCAAUAGUGUGUGAAAUUCUUGGGUGCAGUUUUGAGCAACAUAGCAGUCAUGACAGUGAUGAGACAUAUACCAAUUUACAAUAAACAUCAGAUUAACACAACACAAUUUACAUAUCUAAUAUACACAUAAUUACACUCAACACAAUAUACAAAUAAUAACAUACACUGUACAGUAUACAAUACACACAAUAUAGAAUACACAUUAUACAAAAAAAUAGUAUAUAUAAAAUAUACAGUAGGUUGUAUUGUACUGUAUUGACAUUCAGGCUGUCAAGCGAGAGAAGGAAACAGUUUCUUACGAAACACUCUGAUCUGGAAAUUCCCUGUUCUUAGAACAGUGUAGUCAGCUGAUGCAUCAGAGAACUGUGAGGAAUAAAAUAUUCACAGUGGCACCAGAGAUCUGAUGAGUAUCAGAACAUUUGAAAGGGAGUGUUCUGGGAUAACUCAUAAUCAUUUACUAAUGAUGUUUAGCAGAAUGUUUACACUGCUCUUUAGGUAAAUGGUAACUGGAGUUGUUAAAGUCAACAUGAAAUUAAAGUAGACUUCUUAAUACAUGUUCAUGGUCUUAUAGAGAGCAACAGUCUGAAUCCGGAAGUAAAAAUUCAAUUUAUUUUCUCCUUGGGUGAAGAGACAACUUUAAUGACAACUUUUAAAUCUUUAAAGACAGGCCUACCGUGAGUGCUGAGGUUGAUAAUUGAUGGUAUAGAAGACAUCAGUCUGCAUUAUUUCAACUUCAUUGUUUCAAAAUCAUGUUUAAUAGUGUAAGCCUUGGUGAAGAACUACACUACCCAUAAUCCUAAAGAAAGAUCCACCAAUCGGAGGAUCACGUCAAAAUAGCUCCGCCCACUCCCAUGAUGCACUGUGAAUGACGCAAUCGAGUCGCUCUCCCUACACACUCAAACUACUUAUAUAUUUGUAUAUAUCUGAAUAUUUUGCAAUGUACGUUAAAUGUAUUGUUUCUUUACUUUCAAUCAAUAGUUUUAUAUUUUUCCAAAGUUUUUAAUGUGAUGACUUCAUUUGCAGUGCUUCAUGGGAUUGUAGUUCAUUCCCUCAUUAAAGACGUUAAGUACACAGUCUUGUACCUUCGUCUUUUUGUCAGAUUUUCAAACACUUUUUUGCUUCAAAUCAAAGUUUUUAAUGUUGUGAUUCACCUCAGAGGUGGUUGGUUUGGUUCAUGGCGCACAGUUCUUUUAUGAAGGAUUUUAUGAAAUCCCUAUAGGAAAAACGAAAGAGGAAAAUACUUCCGGAACCAAGAUGGCUAAAAAAGUGGAUGGGCACUGCUGCGCUCUAUUGUGCAAAAGUUAUCUGUGCAUGUUAUUGCAAAGAAUGUUUUUUUUUAAAUAUGUAACAUUAUAAAAGUAAAAUGGGUUGUAAAUGUUGUUUCAUGUUGACUUUAAGCUCCAAGAAAGGACAAAAUGUGUGUCUCACACACGCUGCUAUAAACAGUUGAGCAGAUAUGUGCGGUGUGAGUUCUUAUGGCAGCGAGUGAAGGGUGUGUUUGUGUUUGCAGGGGGGAAGGAAGGGUGAGACCUCAGCAAAACUCUGAAGUCAUUUGAGGCCACUGAACAUUCACACUAAACUAUAUAUCAACACAAGAGAGUAAUGCACUCAUGCUAACCAAUUACUUCAAUAAUUACUCACAAAUAUCUCUGUUCCCCCUCCCCCAACACAUUGUUUUUAGAACGAUUGUGUUGUGAAGUGUUUGGCUUCAGAUCAGAUUUCAAAACAGGUUCAUUUGAUGGAGAAAAUUCUUGUCCAGAAAUCAUGGUCUCUCUCUCCCUCUCUCUCUCUCUCUCUCAGUUAAGAACCUUCCUCUUUUUUUAGCUUUUCGUUUUUCUUGUCAUUUUUGUUUAUGUGCUGUUUGCUGUUGUAAAUGUUAUUGCUGUUUACAUUAUUUAUCUAAUUUAUUACUCUCCUGUUUCUGUGUUUAAAAGGGACGAUUGUUCUGUUUGAGGAGAGAGAUGCAGAAAGUCCUUUUCUGACACGUCUCUGUAUAUGAAACAUUCAUCGAAUCAUCUCUCUCCUGCUCAUCCUUCCAUCCCGUCCCCUUACGCUAUAAUAGUCAUCUUCAACACGGAUCGCUUAUGGAAAAUACCGUGAACCGUUUAGGCCUGAAACAUACUCUACGCAAUUAUUUGUGCUCCUCUCCUUCUUGUCUUGCUUACGUAAUUAAAGGGAUAGUUCACCCAAAAAUGAAAAUUCUCUAAUCAUUUACUCAACUUCAUGCCAUCCCUGAUGUGUAUGACUUUCUUUCUUCAGCAGAACACAUUUGAAGAAAAAGAGAAAAAUAUCUCAGCUUAGUAGGUCCUUAUAAUGGAAGUGGAUGGUAACAUGAUUUCUGAUGCCCUAAAAAGACACAUGCACAACACACCCGGAAGAGCAUGCACUCUUUACAGCUGAGUAGGAGGAGCGCUGUACAGACCGAACACCAUAAACUAUUUGAAGAAAAUGUAAACAAAGGUGUCAGAAUAUUUUGAUUUAAGAGGAGAAGAGGAGAUCUCUCUGAUCAGUAGCACAGGGAGAUGGAGGAGGCUGGACCAACAAGCCUCAAUGAGACAGAGAGCUCAGGAGACGUGGUGGUGCACAUGUAGGCAAUGCCAACAGAGGUAGAGAGCAUGUGCUGCAACGAAUGGAACAUUGCCAUGCCAUCGCUGGAAAGACCAUGUGACCUCAGCCCUCAUGAACGCGCAUACUGCUGCUUACCGGUCACAAUGAUUUACAGUUAAAAAAGUACUUAAAUAUUGAUCUUUUUCGCAGCGAUUGUAUCGCUUAAGACAUUCAUUUAACCACUGGUGUCGUAUGGAUGACGUUAACGCUGAUUAUCUGUGCUUUUUUGGGCAUCAAAAAUCGUGUUACCAUCCACUUCUGUUAUAAGGACCUACUGAGCUGAGAUAUUUUUCUAUUUUUGUUCAAAUGUGUUUUGCUGAAGAAAGAAAGUCAUACACAUCUGGGAUGGCAUGAGGGUGAGUAAAUAAUGAUUUCCAUAUUUGGGAGAACCAUCACUUUAAUGGAUGUUGUGAUAACACAGUUCUCAAGGGGGCGACAGAGUUUCCUUCAAAUGUCUUUGCCAUUAAGUCUGAUGUGUUAUUAUUCAGGCAGCUAGCUAUAAUCAUUUCGACGGUUUAACUAACUUGCUCAGAAAGAUUCUCUGCAAACUAUUACUCCUCCAUGAUAGUAGUGAAAGAGAAAACUGACCGUAGAAGACAGCCACUAAUGUUUUCUAUAGCGACUCUUGCGGUAACAUUUAUGAAUUGCGGUCUGAAACUUUUCAGAACAGUAUACGCAUUUGUGUACUCGCAUAUGAGUUUGUUUCGGGCCGUUAUCUUGCUUUUGUCUACCUGUGAAACUACUUUCUCAUGUAUCAGGGAGUUUGAUUUAUUGACAUGCAAAGUACUGACAUGCAACUCAUGUGCCGUUUGUUUGGUUUUGUGUUCUGUGAUAUAUUGAUGAAUGUCACAGAUUUUAUAACGGAAUAGCAGGUGUUCAUCUGUGUUUCAACACAGAUCAAAGGGAAUGCUGAUGUUAAUCAUGAGGUGACACACACACACACACACACACACACACACUCUCCCACACACUCACAAACACACAUACACACACACACACACUCACACACUCUCCCACACACUCACAAACACACAGAGACACACACUCACACACACUCACAAACACACACAUCAGACACACACACACACACACACACUCUCCUACACACUCACAGACACACACACACACUCACACUCUCUCCCACAGACUCACAAACACACACACACACACACACACUCACACCUGUAAUCUUUCAGGAAAUAACAGUGAAUAUCCAGCAUUGUCAGGUGAAAUAACCCUGUGCUGUCAAACUGUUCAUAUCUGCACUGCAUUUUAUUAUUUUCCAACUGUAACUUAUUCAGCAUUGUCUGCUUUAAUAUAUUAAAGGAUGUUUUCUCUCUUUC